AUGGCUUCUCGACUCAUUGCUUUACCAAAAGCUAAUUCUGACGUGAGACCUAUUGCUAUAGGUGAAGUGCUUCGAAGAGUCACUGCAAGGGCAACGUGCACUCAGAUGGCUGGUUCUUUUUCAUCAUAUUUUUCAUCUUCACAGCAUGGUAUUGCAACACCUGGUGGGGUUGAACUUAUAUUCCAUCACAUUUCGGUCCUUAUGGAAACCAUUCCUUCAUUGUCCAUACUCUCUACUGAUGUCAAAAAUGCAUUUAACUCUGUGUGUAGAGAUAACAUCUUGUCAGAGACCAAACUGAAGUUUCCUGAACUUUUGGGAUAUGCCAAGCAAAUGUAUAGGAGUUCAAGUACAUUGAUUUAUACUAAGGACAAGAUGGUUGUGAAAUUGCUUUCUGAGGAAGGUCUUCAUCAGAGCGAUCCGCUUGGUCUGAUUUUAUUUGCGGCUGCCCUCCAUCCAAUUUUGAUCAAGACUCAAUGCCAUCACCCUAAUACGACCAUAUUAGCAUAUUUGGAUGAUGUGUACGUUGUGGGGAUGCCAGAUGAAGUUGUAGCCACUCUUUCUGACCUGACUGCUUCUCUGCAACAGAUUGGCCUGACUAUUCAAGAGGACAAAUGUAAUUUGUACUUUCCAAUGACUUCAGAAGAUUCCAGUACAGAUAUUUACAUGAGCAAAGAUGGUAUUAAUGUUUUGGGGGCACCUAUUGGCACUCCUGAUUAUGUUAAAUUGCAAUGCAUAGAGGCAGCAUCACGGGGCAAUGUUCUAACUUCAAAGAUUAACGAACUUGAUGACCCUCGGUGUAGUCUUCUUUUGUUGAAACAUUGCCAUGUUCCCACACUAAACUUUCUUUCUAGAACUGUUUCACCUGAGAAUUUAUUACCAUCAGCAGUAAUUCAUGAUUGUCUGACAAAGGACUGUUUUCAUAACAUUCUUAACUUGAACCAGCUGGAUUACGUGUCAUGGUAUCAAGCAACUCUGAAAGUGAAACUCGGUGGAUUUGGUUUAACUUCAACUGAAAGUUUUAACAUCUACAAAAACAACAAAGAACUGAAUAUAAAUCUUCAUGAUUUCAAGAAUACGCAACAAACGUACGCCGCCGUGGUGGCCGAGGCGCACCCUCAUCGCGUGCGCGAGCUGAUGGCGUAUCUACGCAUGAUCGUGCCAGAGGCGCAGCGACACGGAGGCGACGGCUGGAGGAGCUACGACGUGCUCUUCCGGAAAAUAGCGGCAGCAAACUUCGCCUUAAGAUGGGGCAGCCAUUACCGUCGCUAUACGCCACAUCGUUUCUGGCAGCUCGGGCAUCAGCAGCGGCUUCGUGAGAGAACAGCGGCGAAGAUGACCGAUUCGGAUAUACUUGUUCUAAGGUUUGUGCGACCGGGCGCUUUACUGCUUGGUCUGCCUUGGUAA